AUGUUAUCAUCAAGUGGUCAUUAUGAGGUGAUAUCAGGAGGAGCUGGUGGCUGGUCCCCACUCGUGUCAAAUAAAUAUCAGUGGCUGCAGAUUGACCUUGGAGAGAGAAUAGAGGUCACGGCCGUGGCCACCCAAGGAGGAUAUGGGAGCUCCGACUGGGUGACCAGCUACCUCCUGAUGUUCAGUGACAGCGGGAGGAACUGGAAGCAAUUUCGACGAGAGGGGAGCAUCUGGGGUUUUCCAGGAAACACAAAUGCCGACAGUGUGGUGCACUACAGACUCCAGCCUCCCGUGGAAGCCAGGUUCCUGCGCUUCCUCCCUGUAGCCUGGAACCCUAAGGGCAGGAUUGGGAUGCGGAUUGAAGUAUAUGGAUGUGCAUAUAGCUGUCCUGACAACAGCUCUGGCUCUGGAUGUGAGCGCCCCCUGCUGGGCUUUCAGGGCUGCCUGAGACUCCUCUCCAUCGGCGGUAAAGAGGUGGAUUUCCUCUCCGUACAGCAGGGGGCGCUAGGGAGCUUCCGUGACCUCCAGGUGGACUCCUGCGGCAUCAUGGACAGGUGUUUGCCCAGCUACUGUGAACAUGGGGGUGAAUGUUCCCAGUCCUGGGAUACCUUCUCCUGCAACUGCACAGACACUGGUUACCUGGGAGCCACCUGUCAUUCCCCUCUCUACGAGCAGUCCUGUGAAGCCUACAAGCACAGAGGAAACUCUUCAGGGCUCUACUAUAUUGACUCAGAUGGAAGUGGCCCACUGGGACCGUUUCUGGUAUAUUGCAACAUGACAGACACUGCCUGGACCUCAGUACAGCACAAUGGUGCUCAUUUGACCAGAGUCAAAAGCUCUGAUGGAGAAAGCCUCCAUCCUGUGCUUUUCAACUACACGGCCAGCUUGGACCAGCUCCAGGCCAUAAUUAACCGCGCAGACCACUGCCAACAGGAGCUGACCUUCCAUUGCAAGAAGUCAAGGCUUUCAUCUGCCCGAGAUGGAACCCCACUGAGCUGGUGGGUUGGAAGAACCAAUGAAACACACAGUUACUGGGGAGAUUCUCUGCCUGAAGCUCAGAAGUGUACUUGUGGAUUAGAGGGGAACUGCCUUGAUUCUCAAUAUUACUGCAACUGUGAUGCUGACCGGAAUGAAUGGACCAGUGACACGGUUGUCCUUUCUCAGAAGGAGCACCUGCCAGUUACGCAGGUCGUGAUGACAGACACAGGCCGACCACAUUCUGAAGCAGCUUAUACACUGGGGCCUCUGCUCUGCCGGGGGGAUAAUUCAUUUUGGAACUCAGCUUCUUUCAAUACUGAAACGUCAUACCUUCAUUUCCCCACAUUCCAUGGGGAACUUAGUGCUGAGGUGUCUUUCUUUUUUAAGACAACAGCUUCCUCUGGAGUGUUUGUAGAGAACCUGGGAAUCUCAGACUUUAUCAGGCUGGAGCUUCGAGCUCCUGCAGAAGUGACCUUUUCCUUUGAUGUGGGGAAUGGACCCUGUGAGGUCACGGUGCAGUCACCCACGCCUUUCAAUGACAAUCGCUGGCACCACGUGAAGGCAGAGAGGAAUGUUAAGGAAGCAUUGCUUCAAGUGGACUGGCUCCCUCAAAAGACACAGCCUGCCCCUGCUGACGGACACAUCCGCUUACAGCUCAAUAGUCAGCUCUUCGUGGGCGGAACGGCCACCAGACAGAGAGGAUUUCUGGGCUGCAUUCGGUCUCUGCAGUUGAACGGGGUGACCCAGGAUCUGGAAGAAAGAGCCACAAAGACACCAGGCGUGGAGCCAGGGUGCCCGGGACACUGUAGCAGCUACGGACACUUAUGUCGCAAUGGAGGGAGGUGCCGAGAAAAGCGCAGGGGGGUCUCUUGUGACUGCGCCUUCUCUGCAUAUGCCGGGCCUUUCUGCUCAAAUGAGAUUUCUGCGUAUUUCGGAACCGGCUCCUCGGUGAUCUACAAUUUUCAAGAACAUUCCAAUUACACCUUAAGUAGGAACUCCAGUUCCUCUGCGGCUUUAUGGCAUGGGGAUGUGACGCUGACUGGAGAAAUGAUCACGCUCAGCUUCCAAACCACAGGAACGCCCAGCUUACUGCUGUAUGUGAACUCCCUCUAUGGAGAGUACCUUUCGGUUAUCCUUGCCCAGAACGGAAGUUUGCAGAUCAGGUAUAAGCUAGACAGACAUCAAGAACCUGACGUUUUUAACUUUGAUUUUAAAAACAUGGCUGAUGGGCACCUUCACCAUGUGAAGAUUAACAGAGAAGAAGCAGUGGUCUUUGUAGAGGUUAACCAGAGUGCAAAGAGACAAGUCAUCCUGUCAUCUGGGACAGAAUUCAACGCCAUCAAAUCCCUUGUACUUGGGAUGAUUUUAGAGCCCCACGGCGCGGACCCAGACACGCGGCGGGCCGGCGCGCAGGGAUUCACCGGCUGCCUGUCCGCCGUGCGCUUCGAGCGCGCAGCUCCCCUGAAGGCGGCGCUGCGCCCUGGUGGCCCCGCCCCGGUCACUGUCCGCGGCCACGUGGCCGCCUCGUCCAGGUGCGCGGCGGAGGCGGGGCCUGGCUCCCCCACGCGGGAGCUGACGCGGCAGCUCUCAGGUAGCGCAGGUCUUUCUGACCCCGCAGAAGAGGGAGGACCUUUCCUUAAUACAGACGGAAGUGACUCUGCGGUCAUUGGAGGUGUGAUAGCAAUUGUGAUAUUUAUCUUGCUCUGCAUCACUGCCAUAGCAAUAUGCAUUUACCAACAGAGAUGGUUUUACCAAAAAAACAAUUCCAGACAAAAUGGAGACCAUGCAGAGACUUCUCUGAAAAGUGAGCUCAACGUGCAAGCUACAGUCAAUGAAAGUCAAAAAGAGUACUUCUUCUGA